GUGUUUCCCUGGUGUUAAAAUCACAGCGCCCCCCUCGGUGCUCAGGGAUCAGGCUUGGUCCAGGUUUAGGAGGAGGAGGGAGGGGAGACACAUAUCCGGAGCGGCAGCAUCAUGGAGCACAUGUCGUCUCCGGUCAGGUUCCGCAGUGGCAAGAAAGUUGUCCAGUCUGUCCAUCGAGGACCAGGAGGACACUCAGUUUCCUUUCGCCAUGAGGGACCUGCCUCCUGUCUCCCAGCCCAACGAGGAGUUCCUGGUCCACCAUGAGGCAGAGGGAACCGAGACAGCAACUAACGGGAGACUCCCAAGCCUCCCCGGUUCUCCCUCUCUCCCCCGUCCUGUCCCCUGCCUCCCCUCCGGCUCCCCCACAGUCCCUCACAGACCGAGUCGUGCCAGACUGGACGCAGAGUUUCGUCCCGUGCCGCUGAUGAGGCAGCUGGCCUCUCAGUCCAUGGACUGUCCUCCCAGCCCGUCCUCACGUCCUCACAGCCCCUGGGGACGAUUUGACCCCUACGACUCUACAGAGGAUCAGGACAAGGAGUACGUAGGUUUUGCCACACUGCCGAACCAGGUUCACAGAAAGACGGUGAAGAAAGGAUUCACGUUUACUCUCAUGGUGGCAGGGGAGUCUGGUCUUGGUAAAUCCACACUCAUCAACAGUUUGUUCCUCACUGAUCUCUACAAAGACCGAAAGGUUCCCAACGCACAAGAACGGAUCAAUCAAACCGUGGACAUCGUCAAACACACCAUCAGCAUUGAAGAGAAAGGAAUCAGACUGAGGCUCACCAUCAUAGACACACCGGGCUUCGGAGACGCCAUCGACAACACAGACAGCUGGAAGCCUAUAGAAGAAUACAUCGACCAGCAGUUUGAACAGUACUUCAGGGACGAGAGCGGCUUGAACAGAAGGAACCUGCAGGACAACAGAGUCCACUGCUGUCUCUACUUCGUCUCUCCGUUUGGACACGGUCUUCGACCUCUGGAUGUGGCAUUUAUGAGGGCGUUGCAUGAAAAAGUCAACAUCGUUCCUGUAGUGGCAAAAGCAGACAGUCUGACCGAAGCAGAGGUCUACAGGAAGAAGAUAAAGAUCAGGGAGGAGAUCAAGCAGUUUGGGAUCAACAUCUACCAGUUCCCCGACUGUGACUCAGACGAGGACGAAGACUUUAAAAAACAAGAUCAGAUACUCAAGGACAGCUUCCCGUUCGCAGUAAUUGGGAGUAAUGUUCAGUUGGAGAGUGACGGCCGCAGAUCCAGAGGUCGUUCUUAUCCCUGGGGUGUGGUAGAAGUGGAGAACUCGGCGCACUCCGACUUCCUGCUGCUGAGGAACAUGCUAGUGAGGACGCACAUGCAGGACCUGAAGGACGUGACGGCGGAGACGCACUAUGAGAACUACAGAGCACACUGCAUCCAGAACAUGACACGCAUGGUGGUGCAGGAGAGGAGCCGCAGUUUACAAGAGAAACAUCGAGAGCAAAGCACAGAUCUUCCUCUGCCGCUGGCGACCUCCGACACCGAGACGGAAAGACUGAUCUCUGAAAAAGAGGAAGAGCUGCGGAGGAUGCAGGAGGUUCUGGAGAGAGUUCAGGUUCACAUCCAGCACAACCAGAGAGGAGCUCUCUGAGCAACAAUCCAGGAAUUCUUAGAGGAAACACAAGAACGUUUGUGUGGAAGACUGCAGGUUGGACAGAAAUCUAUCACAAACCUUGAUGACAAUGUAACUCUGCCAUCUAGAGGUCUUUGUAGUGAAAUUCAAGUUUUGUUUUGAAUUUGUAAACCACAUAUUUUGUUUGUUUUAUUACUCGUGAGGCAACUGUAUCUUUAUUUUUUUUAAGCUGUAAUAUUAUGGGGUUACUUUUGUGCCUUUGUUAUGUAAUAAAAAAAUAGAAUUGAUAGAUCGAUAUAUUGAAUGAUAGAUUUGAGAACCAAAGUUUCAUCACUGAAAUAAAACAGUUUUUUAAAAAAAGUUUUGAGUAAAUGUUGAUUUUUUAAAUCCAAGUUCGGUUCGCAAUUCCAAAAGUAUUUUUUUCUGCAAAUUAGAAAAUGUUUUCUGUACAUCCAAAAGUUUUGUGUGGAAGU